AUGAAUUCACUAUCAAAUAGUGAUUCCAAAAUGUCGCAACAGAAUCGACAAAGGCAGGCAUCUCAGCAACAGCCGGCUGCUUCCCAAUAUAGCGAAGUGCCCAGACCCAACACGGGAGGCUACCCUUACUCGGCAAAUCCAAUCAUAGGCACUCACCCAUUGACUCAUAUCCAGCAACAGCAACAACAGCAGCUGCAACAGCAGCUGCUGCUUCUGCAACGAUCUACAAGCUCAUACACCCAGACAUCUAAUUCUUCUCAAGAUGGACAAGCAAGUAAACAACAAACGGGAUUCCAUCUGUACCCUCCUCAGCCACUAGCAUAUCUAUCCCAAGACAUGUUCAAUGCCACGGCUGGACCGCCACAGGGCCAGCAUGGCGAUUAUUCUCAAGUAGGCCAAUUACCUUCGCAGCAGUAUGGAGCGCAACAGAGGCAGAUGCUUCAACCAAAUCACCACCAGCAUCUGCAGCAUCUGCAGCAUCCAGGCAUGAUUCCAGCUCCCUUGGCCCAGUAUCCUUCGGCAGACCAGUACCCGGCAGCGGGAAAUCCAAACUCCCAACCGGGCCAAUGGGACGGUGUUUACAAUCAAGGUCAACCACAACAGCAACCACAACAACAACAACAACAACAACAGCAGCAGCAGCAACAACAACAACAGCAACAACAGCAACAACAGCCACAGCAAGCAGCACAACAACAGCAUCCAUCACUGGUAGAGCAGUACGCACAAGCUGAUAAAGUUGCGGCAAAGAAACCGGGCAGGAAGCCACGUGCAGCCAAGGAAGACUCCCUCCUAGAUUCUCAUUCUACAUCAUCUGGCUCUACCAUACCGAGAACCACUCCAGGAGCAGGCGUGAGUCCCACUACGGCUUCUGGCGAAUCCAAAGUCAUAACAAAGAGAUCACGUAUGGGCUGUCUCACUUGCCGUCACCGCAAAAAGAGAUGCUGCGAAACUAGACCCAGAUGCACCGAGUGUUCCAGAUUACGGUUAACUUGUACUUGGCCUAAACCUGGAACCGAGCACAAGAACAAACCCAAAGACCAAAAGGAAGAUGAAAAUACCAUUGACCAUGAAAUUUACGGUAGGAUAAAAGUGUUGAGAGGAAUCGUUGAAUACAGAAGCAAGUGA